AUGUCACAAAUCCCUGGUCAAGUCGGCAUCCAGGCCGCUGCCGUCAUCGCUGGCUCAUUUUUAUCAGGCGCAAUGAUGUCUAUAUCCAUGAUCACGGUCCCAGUCCUGCUAGACACCAGCACCCAAUCUGACCAAUUGCUGGACCAAUUCAUGUCUCUCUACAACUUAGGCCAUAAGAUCAUGCCAACCCUCUCGGUCUGCACCUGUGCUCUGUACAUGUUUGUGGCCGGCAAAAAACGAACCGCAGGGUUGCCAUGGUCAAUUUACGCUCUCGCAGCGGCAACGACCAUUAGUAUGGUGCCAUUUACGACGAUUGUCAUGGUCCCAACCAAUGACGCAUUGUUUGCGUUGCAUGCUUCGUCAGAAGCUGCUCUCGAGGAAGUACGAGGGCUAAUUGUCCGAUGGCAGUGGUUGCACGUAGCGCGCUCGCUUUUUCCAUUGGCGGGGGCUGUAGUAGGAUUGAAUGGCCUGUGGGCCAAUCUUCGUUGA